AUGACAAAAAAAGCUACAUGGAAUGGACAAGUUCUUGCUGAAAGUGACAAAACAAUUGUUGUAGAAGAUAAUCAUUAUUUUCCACCUGAUUCAAUCAAAAAAGAGUUUUUUACUGAAACUAAAACUCAUACAACAUGUGGUUGGAAAGGUGUAGCAUCCUAUUAUACAAUAACUGUCGAUGGUAAAGAAAAUAAAGAUGCAGCUUGGUAUUAUCCAGAUACAAAGGAAAAAGCCAAUAAUAUCAAAGGUUAUAUUGCAUUUUGGAAAGGUGUUAAAGUCGAAUAA